CAGAGCAUACGGCGCACCAUGACUCCUCGCAUGACAGCUGCAGCAGCUGCCGCCUCUGCCGUGCCCAUGAGUCUGGCAGCGUCGGCUCCUCCUCCAGCUCCGGCUGUUCCGUGUAGCGGUGCUGCUCCCUCGCCAGCGCCCAGUGGUCGAAGAGGUGGUGGUGGGUGGCAGUGCCAGUGUGGCGCCAUCGGCCCCUCCCGCACCUGUGGUCUCCACUCCCGACAGUCAGAGGGCACUGCUGAGAUCGCCCGCUGUUCGCUUUACAACUCGGUCAGACUUCUUCAACGUGCUGCACAUGAACGACGAUGCUUUGGCUGCUUACAAUAGAAGCUCCUCCUUGAAACACAUGAUUGCAAAGAUUCGACGAGAUCCUGCAAACUUCGAAAGAUACCAACACAAUCGAGACUUGGUGAGCUUGCUCAACAAGUUUGCCGACAAGACGAGGGAACUUCCGAGAGGCUGGGAGACAAAGCUCGAUCGCUCAGGAAAGCAAUUCUUCAUCGACCACACGUCUCGAAGCACAACGUUCAUCGACCCCCGGCUGCCGAUAGAUGUGCCUUACUUAAACCCAAGCAAGCUGGUGGUUCCUCUGGCCAGGAGGCGCAGUCGCAGUGCCGGGGAAGACGACGGACAGAGAGCAGACGCUGCUGCUAGGGGCAGUGGCAGCACCAGCGGAGGGCCCGUGCCACCACCCCGACCCCCGGGCAGCACAGCAGGGGCUGGGGCCAGCCUGCCGGGUGCCAGCAGCAGUGUCCCCACUGCCUAUAACGAUAAGGUGGUGGCCUUUCUCAGGCAGCCAAACAUCCUGGACAUCUUGCGUGAGCGCCACCCAGCAAUGGCGUCCAACACCGGCUUGCGCGACCGUGUGCAUGCCAUCCGUGCGGAGGGAACUGCCGCCCUGGGGCGCCUCUCGCACGACCUCGACCUGACCAUCUUGCUCAGCCUGUUUGAGCAGGAGAUCAUGUCGUACAUUCCGGCCCAGUACUCCUCUGGGAGCAGUUCUAGUCAUCGCUCUCCACGGGAUUCUCCUCAGCCUUCUCCGCAGGCCUCACCAGGUCUGCAGAGAGCUAAUCUUAGGGCUCCAGCACCGUAUCGGAGAGAUUUUGAAGCCAAACUUAGGAAUUUUUACCGAAAAUUAGAAUCCAAAGGCUACGGUCAAGGACCCAGCAAAUUAAAGUUAAACAUUCGUCGAGACCACCUGCUCGAAGAUGCAUUUACGAAGAUUAUGGCUGCGUCCAAAAAAGACCUUCAAAAGUCUCGACUCUACAUAGGAUUUGCUGGGGAAGAAGGGCUAGACUAUGGUGGACCGUCCCGAGAGUUCUUCUUCCUGCUGUCGCGGGAGCUGUUCAAUCCAUACUACGGUCUGUUUGAGUAUUCGGCCAAUGACACGUACACCGUGCAAGUGAGCCCCAUGGCAGCCUUUGUGGACAACCAGCACGAGUGGUUCCGCUUCAGUGGCCGUGUCCUCGGCUUGGCUCUGGUGCAUCAGCACUUGUUGGACGCCUUUUUCACCCGGCCGUUCUACAAGGCCCUGCUAAGGCUACCUUGCUCACUGAGUGACCUGGAGUACCUGGACGCGGAGUUCCACCAGUCGCUAGUGUGGCUCAAGGAGAACGACAUCACCGACAUGGGCCUUGAGCUGAGCUUCUCUGUGGUUGAAGAGGUGGCUGGCCACGUGCUUGAGCGUGAGCUCAAGCCUGGCGGCCGCUCCGUGCCUGUCUCUGAGCGCAACAAAAAGGAGUACAUCGAGCGUAUGCUCAAAUGGCGCCUCGAGCGUGGAGUCGCCCAGCAGACCGAGUGCCUUGUGAGGGGAUUCUACGAAGUUGUGGACUCCCGCCUGGUGUCAGUAUUUGAUGCCCGAGAGCUAGAGUUGGUGAUUGCCGGCACAGCAGAAAUAGACACAGCAGACUGGAGGAAGAAUACGGAAUACCGAUCGGGCUACCACGACAGCCACCCCGUGAUCCAGUGGUUCUGGAUGGCCAUUGAGAAAUUCGACAACGAGCGGCGGCUGAGGCUGCUCCAGUUUGUCACGGGCACCUCAAGCAUCCCGUACGAAGGCUUUGCCGCCCUGCGUGGGAGCAACGGACCUCGCAAGUUCUGCAUUGAAAAAUGGGGCAAGCCGACUAGCCUGCCAAGGGCUCACACCUGCUUCAACAGGCUAGACUUGCCCCCAUAUUCAUCGUUCGAUAUGCUUCACGAGAAGCUGCUGCUGGCCGUUGAAGAGUCGAGCACGUUCGGCAUUGAGUGAGUCAUUAGAAACGAAACGGAAGUGUCGCCGGAGGUGUCCACCGCACUUCCAAGCGUCAUGGCAAAGCACGGUGCCCGCACCGAAUUUGUCAUCAUCGUUCCCUGGAGGGGGAUGUGCCUGCCAUGCCUGCUGCCAAUUCUUCGGGAAAGCCAUCCACACUGACGACAAUCCCCUUGCUAGGGCAGCCUUCGCCCUGUGGAGCAUGCCGGGAAAUUCUUGUUGGCAGCGUGUUCUUUUCUUUCUUUUUUGUAUUUGGUCAAUGCAGAAGCCAGCUAACAAGGGCAGUGUUGACAGCUGCAGCCCUUUUGAGUCAACCUCCGCUUCAUUGCACGCCUGGACUUUGAUUGCAAAAGGCCUUGGGCUUAUGCGAAGGCUGUGCCUUAAGUUUGCAUAGUUGCGUGCAUCAGAUAUUUAUGUGCUUGGUAUAGUCUUGAAAUGUGAUCAGUGUAUUAUAGGAUUCUUUUACUUCAAGUAAACAAGUUGUAGAAAAAAUUGAUGUUGUCAACACUGCACCGAAACUUGUUUGCUGGAUGCAAGAAAAGAUGUUUGCAGAUCAUGAAGUCCUCGAUGCACCGAUGCAAGAAGGCUCCUCUCCUCCUCCCCCCACCCCCUUUUUUUAAAACCUGCUGAUCGGUUGAUGCCAAGGAAGGAACUGGCAUUUGCCAUAGGAUCUGCGUGCUAUGCCAUUGCAACGAUCAGGGUUGUCAGGUGGAAGGCAUGCCCAGUUUUGAUGCACCAUCUUGUGAGACGCUGCAACUUUUGCGCAGUAACACUCUUUUGCCUGUCUUGUAUGUUACAAGGAAUAAUGUCCAAUGUCUGCAGUGCUCGGAGUGUCUGGAGUAUGAUGCUGACCAAUUUAGGUUAUACUAAGUGUAUGAACAAUUGCGCAACAGUUUUUAUGUGGAGUGUCGUGCGCACUGCCUCCGAAAGCCAAUGCAGUUUUUUGUCAAAUACAUAUAGUGUACCGAUGGCUGUUUUCAACGCCAGCUUGCCGAUACAGCAGAGAAGUUCCUGAAGGUGGUGCAGUCAUUUUAUUAUCGAACAGCGUGUGUUCGUGUGUUAGGUUGACAUUAUUUAGCACACAAAAAAGUGUUGAUUCUUAUUUAUUUAUCGUACUUCUCAGGGCACCGUUGGGUGGAGUGUUAAUAAUAUUAACAAGCUCUUUUUAGUGCGUUAUAUUGUGAAGCUUAUGCACCAAUGCGAAGCAAGCUUGCACCGCUUUUUGUAUAGUAUUGACAAGGUGUUUUUUUUUAAAUUGUUCAGAGCACUCGUUAUUUUAUACAGCUUACUUAGCUCUUGAGAGAGCUUCAUGCCUAACCAGCUAUCUAAUCAUUGUUUUAGGGAUAUAUAUGUAUUACAUUAAUAACAUUAUUCGAGUAUUUUAUGUUGCGCGGUAUUGUACACUUACGAAUCACAAACGCAACAUUGGGUUGUCCUGUCAGCCGCGCUACACCGUGUUUUGUUAGUAUUAUUAUUACUGUAUUGAAUACAUUGUGAUAGGUUUAUUGCAGUGUGGUUAGGACUGUAAGAAUAAUUUCUAACCUUGCUUCUCAUUCCAAGAAAUGCUAUGUCGGCAUAAUCGCUCUCAACACCCCUUAUCUUUCUGCUUGUCUGCCUUAUGCACUCCGUGAGUGUUUUCAUUUUUCAGGUGAUGCAAUUUGUCCAGUAUGUGCCAACAUGUUUUGGCCAUGUUAUGUUUGUGCUGUCAUGUUGUUUCAUUUUAUUGCUUCUCUUUUCCAAAACAUAAAGAAAGAGCAGGACUUCUGUACUGCUAAUUGAUAGCUUGUAAAUUCCUGCGAAAAAGGCUUCAUUUGUGCUGUUCGAACUUUGAAGACAGUUGCGCCUGUUAUUUAUUUCUUCCUCUGUGGAGGCAAGGAGCAAGACGAAAAAAAAAAAAACCAAAGUGGACUUUGCUGUGGACCUCGACGCUUUCGACGACGACGUCAACAAGCUUCUCAAAGUGGUUUCCCUGGCCAUGGACUUCGUGAUUCAUUGUUGCGCUACAUGCAAGAUCUAAGCGUUUAGAUGCAUAUAGAUUCCUUGAGAAGCUAGAGAGCUAUUUUUUGAUUGGCUGUUUGAUUUGUAAUGCCUAUAUCCGUUACCCAGUGAACUGGCCAUUCUCAGAGUUGUCGUGCCAUGACUGAUGUUUGUAUUAGUCGAGUGUUGCGUGUUUAGUGACCUCUCAUGUGCAAGAAAAGUGUCACAAGCCUGCUGCGUGCCAUGCUGCCCGCUGUUACCUUCUAUUGGCUCCGCUAACUGCUUCGACUUCAAAUGACCGGAACUUAUAUAGCGUGUGCUCUGAGGAAUACAUGUUGGUUAUGUGUUGUACGGUGCGAAGAUACUUUGGGACUAAAAUGAUAAAUGUGCCGAUGUUAUAAAACAGUUGCGUUAAAGGAAAAUCUUGCUCGCACGGUUUGGCAGUGUCCAGGAUGAAGCCAGCCUCGCUACUUUAAAAUUGUGUCACGUUUUCAUGUGCUUGUUUGAUCACUGGGAAGUGGUGAUGUGUGAUGUGUAAAUGCAAUUUGUCCUUCUUGAGCCACAUUAACUUUUUUCUUUUUUUUUUCAUUGUGGACAUCAAAUUACAUUGAGCUCAUCCAAGUGAGUCCAAAUGAAUCCAUAUUGUGUCUAGCAAAGAAACAAGCCCCUAGAAAAAAUUGUCGUUCUUUUGUUCAUUACAUCGGGCUGCCACAUCAUGUAAUGGAAUGAAGCCCUUGAAAAUUGUGCGAGAGAUGCUAUCUCUUGCAGUAGUUUGGCUGCAUUCAUUGCUCAAGUCUUUUUUUUUUUUUCAAACUGUCCUUCGCUGUCCACCAUGUGCUGUAAAUGUAUAGAAAUAUUUCAUCUGUUACUCGUCUCUUCUCUAUGCGGGCAUUCCUUGGUUAAGGUUUGGAUACAAAAACCUGAAUGCCUUGGUUAUUAUUAAGCUGUCGUUCUUGUUGUACAGGCACGAGAUACGCCGUUCAGUUCAUUUCACUGGCACAGGUCCUUGCCUGGGCACUGCACUGCUUGACCUGGUGUGUGGAAGUAAUCCGUAUUGCGACUGGGUCGUCCCUGUAUCUGGUUUCUGUGUGGCCUCCGGUGCAUCUCGAACCCGUCAACACACCGGUGGCAUUCGAAUCACCUGCAUGGCCGGCCCAGUAGUGGUUCACGUUGUGUGGAUUCAGGCACUAGCUGCUCCCGUAUGCGAACUUUAAUCGGUUGUAAUUAGACAUGUGAACAGUGCGACGAGGCGUGACCUCAUAGGUUUGAUGUGUAAUGUGUGUGCGUGCAUGUGCUUGUAUUGCCGUGGCGUGUUCAUGCUUUUCUCAUGCAUUCCAAUGUGUCGUGCGUGAGAGAGAGUUGUGUGUGUACAAAGUGAAAAAAAAAAUGCGAGAAGGAGCACUUCUGCCGACACUGCUGCACCCCCUUGCGGGUGGUGGCUUUUAAUUUUUUUUUUUUUUCUGUUUUUGUACAGCUGCUUGCAGUGGCCUUUGUGCACUGCCCAAACUUGGCACGGUGAUAGACAUUGCGUACCCCUCUCACCAUUGCAAACAAACAGAAAAAGAAGAAAAAAAACACAGAGGUUUGCUGGCUUUGUUUGCCAGUGGCGCUUGCCGCGACUAUUUUGGUAUACGCUACGGUGGGAAGUGCGCAGGCGUGUCAUGUCCGAUGCUUGUGCGUGCAGCAGGCACCCCUUGGUGUCUGGUGCCGUUGGCUUGCCUGCGAGGCGCCAGGUGGCGCCCGCACAACACGCAUGCGUGCUUCCCUGUGUUUUUUCUAUGAACCCCGUCCCGAUUUUCCUCGUCCGAGUCCCUCCGCUACUGCUGCUGCCGCCGCCGUCACGUGUUGCCCGCUUCGCGCGGUCACGUGCGUCUUUGUACAGUAUGUAUAUGUAAACGAGAACACUCGACGCAGCGCUCCUGUGUAUUAUAGAGCAAUAAAAAAAACUUCC